AUGGGGGCUCAGUCCCGACCGCCAAAGAUGCCUUCCUCUGGAAGAGAUUCAGAUGCGGGGCAUACUGGAGUGAAUCAAUUAGGUGGAGUCUUUGUGAAUGGACGACCACUUCCAGACAAGACGCGACAAUUAAUCGUUGAUAUGGCACAUCAAGGAGCUAGACCGUGUGAUAUCUCAAGGAAACUCUGUGUCUCGAAUGGAUGUGUUUCGAAGAUUUUAUGUCGUUAUUAUGAAUCGGGAACGAUUCGUCCAAGAGCUAUUGGUGGUUCAAAGCCAAGAGUUGCAACUGGAGGCGUUGUGCAAAAGAUUGAAUCAUAUAAAAGAGAACAACCGUCGAUUUUCGCUUGGGAGAUUCGAGAUCGACUUUUAUCCGAGGGGAUUUGUUCACAAGAGACGAUACCAUCGGUUUCAUCAAUCAAUCGAGUGCUUCGAAAUCUGGCGGCACGCAAAGAGCAACAAGCCAUGCAAACCGAGUUCUACGCGGGGUUACGAUAUUCGACGAAUCAGUGGUACAAUCAGUGGCCAACCAUGCAAAUGUCCGGUGUUGUGCCCUUCUCAUUAACACAACAGAAUCCGAUUGAGGCGAAAAAAGAUCCAAAUGAGGAUCAAAAACCGCCAAAUGAUCCGGACGAGGAUGCGGCGGCGAGGAUGCGGUUGAAGAGGAAAUUGCAGAGGAACAGAACCUCGUUCAGUCAAGAACAGAUUGAGGCCUUGGAGAAAGAAUUUGAACGAACCCAUUAUCCGGAUGUUUUCGCUCGAGAGCGAUUAGCGCAAAAAAUCGGUCUUCCUGAAGCCAGGAUACAGGUUUGGUUCUCAAAUCGUCGAGCAAAAUGGCGAAGAGAGGAGAAAUUGCGGAAUAAGAGACCGGGUGGACCGUUGGAUUCAGGAUUGAGCAAUGGGACACCUCAACCAUCACAACCGGGAAGCGCUGGCUCAGCGUCAGCACUUUCACAGCCGCUUGGCGGCUCACCAGUGGCCUCCGCACAAAAUUUUGCUUCCGUUUCUGGCCCAAUGUAUACUGGACUUGCGCAUGAUCCAUAUGGUUUUACCGCCUUUAACACCGGACUCGGAAUGCCUCAACAACCGCCAGCCGACUUUGGAUCUUAUCAUCAUAUGUUUUCUUCAAGAUAUGACACCGCCUCAUUUCAUCCUUACGCUCGAAUGAAUCCCCCAUCAGUCUCUUCACAACCAUUUUCAACGACAGCAAUGAGCAUGUCAACAAAUUCUCUAUCACAAUCCACUGUUGGAGAUCUUGGCCUCAGCUCAUCGAUGAGUCUUCCCGUGUCAGCUGUUUUGAAUUCACUUGAGGGAAUGGGUGUUCCACCCGGAAUGCACUCCGAUCUUUCCACCGAUCAAUCCGCCCAAUAUUGGACUCAA